AUGCCUAGCAGAAUGGGCUCAAAAAUUGAUUUGAACAAAGACUUCAUCAGAGUAAAAACACACUAUAGUGGGGACAUCCUGAUAACAAACUUGGAUGCAUCAAUGAGCUAUGAUGAGCUUUGUGAUGAAGUGCAUGAGAUGUGUAAUUUACAACAGGAACAGCCAAUUACCCUCAAGUGGAUUGAUGAUGAAGGUGACCCAUGUACCAUCUCAUCGCAGAUGGAACUGGAAGAAGCCUUCCGACUGUAUUGUCAAAACAGAGAUGAAGGGCUGAUUAUUCAUGUUUUCCCAAGUAUUCCAGAGAAACCUGGCAUGCCUUGUCCAGGAGAAGACAAAUCCAUCUACCGACGUGGAGCCAGAAGAUGGAGGAAGCUGUACCGAGUGAAUGGGCAUUUGUUUCAAGCCAAACGUUUUAACAGAAGAGCGUAUUGUGGCCAGUGCAGUGAAAGGAUAUGGGGUCUCGGAAGGCAAGGCUACAAGUGUAUCAACUGCAAAUUGCUGGUCCAUAAACGUUGUCAUAUCUUUGUUCCACUGACCUGCAAAAGGCAUAUGGAUUCGGUCAUGCCUUCCCAGGAACCUCAGUUAGAUGAUAAAAAUGAUGAAGUUGACCUCCCUUCAGAAGAAACUGAUGGACUUCCCUACAUUCCUUCAAACAGGAAACAUGACAACAUCAAAGAUGACUCUGAGGAUAUCAAACCAGUCAUUGAUGGAAUGGAUGGAAUUAAGAUUUCUCAGGGGCUUGGACUGCAGGACUUUGAUUUAAUCAGAGUUAUCGGACGUGGAAGUUAUGCCAAAGUUCUUUUAGUUCGAUUAAAAAAGAAUGAUCAAAUUUAUGCUAUGAAAGUAGUGAAAAAAGAAUUGGUCCAUGAUGAUGAGGAUAUUGAUUGGGUACAGACAGAGAAACAUGUGUUUGAACAGGCAUCCAGUAACCCAUUCCUAGUUGGUUUACAUUCAUGCUUUCAAACAACAAGUCGAUUGUUUCUAGUCAUAGAGUAUGUAAAUGGGGGAGAUCUUAUGUUUCAUAUGCAACGGCAAAGAAAACUUCCUGAAGAACAUGCAAGAUUUUAUGCUGCUGAAAUUUGUAUUGCUCUAAACUUCCUACAUGAAAGAGGCAUAAUCUACAGAGACUUAAAACUAGACAAUGUUCUUUUAGAUGCAGAGGGUCAUAUCAAAUUAACAGAUUAUGGCAUGUGCAAGGAAGGUUUGGGCCCUGGUGACACUACAAGCACUUUCUGUGGGACACCAAAUUAUAUUGCACCAGAGAUCCUCAGAGGAGAAGAAUAUGGGUUCAGUGUGGACUGGUGGGCUCUCGGUGUGUUGAUGUUUGAAAUGAUGGCAGGAAGGUCUCCGUUUGAUAUUAUCACUGACAAUCCAGACAUGAACACUGAAGAUUACCUCUUUCAAGUUAUUCUUGAGAAGCCAAUCCGGAUUCCAAGGUUUCUUUCUGUCAAGGCUUCCCAUGUGUUAAAAGGAUUUUUAAACAAGGAUCCCAAAGAAAGGCUUGGUUGUCAGCUGCAGACAGGAUUUUCUGAUAUCAAGUCUCAUACAUUUUUCCGCAGCAUAGACUGGGAUCUGCUGGAAAAGAAGCAAACCACCCCUCCGUUUCAGCCUCAGAUCACAGAUGAUUAUGGUUUGGAUAACUUUGAUACACAGUUCACCAGCGAACCUGUGCAGCUAACCCCAGAUGAUGAAGAUAUAAUAAAGCGAAUAGAUCAGUCAGAAUUUGAAGGAUUUGAAUAUAUUAAUCCAUUGUUGCUGUCAACAGAAGAAACAGUAUGAAGGAAUGACAUCCUCGUUGGGGACAGUGUGAAUGACCUUUAAAUUUAUCCUUAACUACAGUAUAUGCAUGCGAGGCUGGGGAACUGUAAGAUUUUGGAUGGAGACCAAUGAUUUUUUUAAAAAAAAAAAAAAGUUGCUGCUGAAAAUCAAAGAGGAGAAGUAAUGCUUUUGGUGGGUGUCUUCUGCCACUUAGUGACUCUGAAGUUCGGGCACUGACACAACUGGCUUCAUUAAUGAAGGAAUUGGCAUUUGGUGCCUGUUUCAUGAAGGAUCAAGAUGUUCAUUGCAUCCCUGGAGAAGGAGAUUCUGAACAACUUUGAGAUCUACCCGCUUUCUACAAACAUUUGAUGCAAUGAGCUGCCAAUUGAAGAAUAUUACAGUGUAACAUCCUGAAGAAUAAAAUAUAUUACGGUGGUGUUGAAGCUUA